GGAUAAGGCGCAUCGGCAGGAGGCCCGACCAGCAGCAGCAGCAGCAGCAGCAGGGGGAAGGGAAACCCAUCGACAGGAGGCCCGAGAGGCGACCUCCCCGCGAGCGCCGCUUCGAGAAGCCCGCCGAGGAGAAGGCCGAAGGGGGAGAGUUCUCUGUUGACAAACCCAUUCUUGACCGACCUAUGCGUGGCCGUGGUGGGCUUGGCAGAGGCCGUGGCCGUGGCCGUGGCAUGGGCCGAGGAGACGGCUUCGACUCCCGUGGCAAGCGGGAAUUUGACCGACACAGCGGCAGCGAUCGAUCCGGGCUGAAGCACGAGGACAAGCGCGGCGGCAGCGGCUCACACAACUGGGGGACUGUCAAAGACGAGCUCACCGAAUUGGAUCAGUCAGCUGUAACUGAGGAGACGCCGGAGGGAGAGGAACAUCCGCCUGCUGAUUCCGAAAACAAAGAGAACGAGGUUGAAGAAGUGAAGGAAGAAGGCCCUAAGGAGAUGACCCUGGAUGAGUGGAAAGCCAUUCAGAGCAAGGAUCGUGCAAAAGUGGAGUUCAACAUCCGCAAGCCAAACGAGGGUGCUGAUGGGCAGUGGAAAAAAGGCUUUGUCCUUCACAAGUCAAAGAGUGAGGAGGUAAA